AUGCAAAGGGGUUUUUGGAGUCACUAUGCCUUUGGCUUUAUUCUGGACUACCGAAAGUUCUCAAUUGCGUAUCUACAACAACUUAUCAGCAGUGCAUGGCGACUCCGAGGAGUGGCUACUGUAGUAGGUAGAGAUUCCUUUUUCUACUUGAUCCAUUUUGAAAAGGCUGAAGAUUUAGAGGUUAUGUGUGCUAAAGGUCCGUGGGCUGUUGAUGGUGCCCUUCUAGUCUUGGAGAAAUGGAGGCCUAAUCUGGUGGUGAACAAACUUCAUCUUAAUCAUGUGUCUAUUUGGGUUCAACUACAUGGAUUACCCCUUGAAUAUCAGUACCCGGAAUUGGCUGAGCAGAUGGGUCAGUUGAUAGGUUUUGUUGAAAGGGUAGAUUGGGAGGAUCGUCUUCCUAGAAAUAUUAGGUUCUUGCGUGUCCGUGUGCGAUUGGAUCCGUGGAUGCCAAUUAUUUCUGGUUUUGUACUUCGCCUAGAUGAUGGGUCUCGAACUUGGAUUCAAUGCCGUUAUGAAAGGGUACAUAAAUUAUGUACCAGGUGUGGUUUGAUUGGUCACAGCAGAAGGCAGUGCAAUGUGAGCAUGGAUGAGGUGAAGAGGUGCUUGAUUCGUCAAAGGCAACGUUUGCAGCGGAUCUUUCAUGUGCAGUAUGGUUUUUAG